UUAGAGCCUGGACACUCAGACCCUCCAGUGCAGGCCUUGCCCGGAUCAGCCCCUCCUCCACUCUCCUCUCCUCUGUGAGCUCCACCUGCCCCAGUUCUCCUGGCUUUAACCCCUCCUUGGCCAAGGCCAGGGUUGCCUGCGGGAGCCAGAUGUCCGCUCUCCACACCUUUCACAGAUCCUACCCAGGCCACCACCCCGAACCCCUCCGACCCUGCGUUCCAUCCCACCGUCAACCUCCACGUGAAUCUGCACCUCUGCCCCAGCCCCAGCCCUCAGAGCAACCUCAGCCCAGCCCGGCCCAGCUCCAGCUCCAGCCCGGGCCCCAUCAUGGCCAAGGACUUUCAAGAUAUCCAGCAGCUGAGCUCGGAGGAAAAUGACCAUCCUUUCCAUCAAGGGCCACCUCCUGCCCAGCCCCUGGCACAGCGUCUCUGCUCCAUGGUCUGCUUCAGUCUGCUUGCCCUGAGCUUCAACAUCCUGCUGCUGGUGGUCAUCUGUGUGAUUGGGUCCCAAAGUGCACAGCUGCAAGCCGAGCUGCGGAGCCUGAAGGAAGCUUUCAGCAACUUCUCCUCGAGCACCCUGACGGAGGUCCAUGCUCUCAGCACCCACGGAGGCAGCGUGGGUGACAAGAUCACAUCCCUAGGAGCCAAGCUGGAGAAACAGCAGCAGGACCUGAAAGCAGAUCACGAUGCCCUGCUCUUCCAUCUGAAGCACUUCCCCGUGGACCUGCGCUUUGUGGCCUGCCAGAUGGAGCUCCUCCACAGCAACGGCUCCCAAAGGACCUGCUGCCCCGUCAACUGGGUGGAGCACCAAGGCAGCUGCUACUGGUUCUCUCACUCCGGGAAGGCCUGGGCUGAGGCGGAGAAGUACUGCCAGCUGGAGAACGCGCACCUGGUGGUCAUCAACUCCUGGGAGGAGCAGAAAUUCAUUGUACAACACACGAACCCCUUCAAUACCUGGAUAGGUCUCACGGACAGUGAUGGCUCUUGGAAAUGGGUGGAUGGCACAGACUAUAGGCACAGCUACAAGAACUGGGCUGUCACUCAGCCAGAUAAUUGGCACGGGCACGAGCUGGGUGGAAGUGAAGACUGUGUUGAAGUCCAGCCGGAUGGCCGCUGGAACGAUGACUUCUGCCUGCAGGUGUACCGCUGGGUGUGUGAGAAAAGGCGGAAUGCCACCGGCGAGGCGGCCUGACCCCGGCACACCUCUGGCUAACCCAUACCCCACACCUGCCCAGCUCUGGCUUCUCUGUUGAGGAUUUUGAGGAAGGGAAGAAACACUGAGACAGGGGUAUGGGGAAGAGCUGAGCAAAGAGAGAAAGGAGGUAGUUUAAGAGUCCCUGACCCUGGAGGACUGAGAUCCCACCUCCUUCUGUAAUUCAUUGUAAUUAUUAAAAUCGUCAGCCUCUUCAAUGGCGUAGGAAAGAAGAAACAAAU